AGACACAGAGGAAGAAGGGAGCAGAACACAAGGUGUGGAGCCACAAGAAAGCUAAGAGCAAAGCCGACCGGCCUCCCUUCCUCUUCCCUCUCUUCCCUGCUUCUUCUCCCUUGUAUCUAUGUUUCGUUACUGGUUAGUCGACGACGGGAUAACCAUAGUAGCCAUCGAAGACGGGAUGAAGCCGCUGUUGGAGAGAGGAAGGGAUGAUAAUGAUAAAGCUGUGCUCCUGGGUCUCGGGGUCACUCUCGCUGUCCCACUCGCCGGCUACCUCGUCUUUUGCUUCACUCGCCGGAAUUCUAUCUCUACAUUGGCAGGCUAUGGAUCAAGAACUGGAUCUAAAACUGCAGUUGUUUCUACCAUCAUAUCUGGCAGGGGACUCGAUGAUGAGCUCUGCCUAUUACAGCAGGAGCAGGAAGGAAAAGCCCUCGCAAAUGUCAUCCACAGCAUUUCCAGAAAUCUCUGCACCACGACAACGUCCGCUGUCACCUCCGAUGUGAUCACCGAGCAGUCUUCAGGCGUCAAGAGUCUGGAAGAUGGAGAUGUGACUAGUUCACAGGAGAUCGAUCAGCCAUCGGUUCCGGAACUGGAGGAAGAGUUUGUGCAUCUUACUAACUUGGUACGGCGUCUUUGGAAGAAGGAGAGGAACAAUGAGAUCCAAUUGCUCGAGUACCGUGGACUAGAGGAGCGAGAAACCACCGUUGGAGAGCUCAAAAACUGGUUGCAGAUAUGCUCGACGGCAGCUAAGUCUUUAUCUGUGAAGCUCGAGUUCUUGCAGCUCGAGAGCCAGAGGCUCAAAGUUGUGGCAUCACCGAGCUCGGGAACCAUGCGAGAGCUUCGAUCUGCCAAGCUGAAGAUUAAACAUCUCAAGAAGAGAUUGCGAUCUUGCCGGGCGCAGGCGGGGAAGCAGAUGAAUUCCCUCCAACACAGGAUCGCCAUGCUGCAAAAUAAGGUGGACCAAGAUGAGCAAAUCGAUGCUGAUGUCCAGAUCAAACUGCAGAGGCUGGAGGAUUUAGAAGACGAGGCUGAAUCUGCACCAGUCUCUCAGGCAGAAGGCUUCGAGGAAGUCAAAAUCUUGAGAGAAUCAAAACACAAGCUGGAGAAGAGAAUAGAGCAGCUUCAGACAGAUCACCAUGCGGAAGUGGAGGAACUGGUGCUUCUCAGGUGGCUCAACUCCAGACUAAUCUAUGAGCUAGCUUAUAAUCAACUCCCUCCAGGGAAGCCGGCGGAGAAAGAUCCAAGAAAUUGUCGGCGUCCAAAACAUGAUGCAGAAGACAGACGUUCUUCGACAUCCGAUGUCAUUCUCUCCUCCUGUAAACCAAAAUUAUUCCUUGGCAAGCUUAAGAAGCUGGUGAGGAGACGAAGCAGCCAGAGCAACAGUGACAUUUCCGAAAGCUGCAUCACCUUUGAGACAAGGGCAGCUGCUUCAACAUGUUCUGGCGAUCCCACUUCUUCUUGCUUAGCCAAUCAUUUGACGCUGACAAGAGCUAAACCAGAUGACACUGAGAGAUGGCAGAACAACUCUGCAUGA